CAUCGUCUCCAUCAUUCUAUAUACUUAUUCAACAUGGCACUCUCCUCGUAUUCUAAAAUCUUCUUUAUUGCAUUUUCCCUGUCUUUAUUUGCUUGUUCUUCUUUUGCUCGAGAUUUCUCUAUAGUGGGCUAUUCCCCAGACGAUUUGACUUCCAAUGAUAGACUCAUUGAUCUCUUCGAGUCUUGGAUGUCAAAGUUUGAAAAGGUUUACGAGAGUCUCGAGGAAAAACUAGAGAGGUUUGACAUUUUCAAGGAUAAUUUGAAGCACAUAGACGAGACAAAUCAGAAGAUUUCAAACUACUGGCUUGGGUUGAAUGAGUUUGCAGAUUUAAGCCAUGAAGAAUUCAAGAAGAUGUAUCUGGGUUUGGAAAAAACUGACUUCCCUAGAAGGAGAGAGGCGACGUCGUAUGAAGAGUUUGGUUACGAAGAUGUUAUGGAUUUGCCCAAGUCGGUUGAUUGGAGAAAGAAAGGAGCUGUUACCAAUGUCAAAAACCAAGGCUCAUGUGGUAGUUGCUGGGCAUUUUCGACGGUUGCUGCAGUAGAAGGAAUAAACCAAAUUGUUACAGGGAAUUUGACUUCAUUGUCUGAGCAAGAGCUGAUCGAUUGUGACAAUUCGUUCAACAAUGGCUGCAAUGGAGGACUGAUGGAUUACGCGUUUGCCUACAUUGUCUCCAGUGGGGGACUCCACAAGGAAGAAGACUAUCCAUACAUAAUGGAGGAAGGCACUUGCGAAAUGAAUAGGGAAGCAUCGGAGAUGGUGACCAUUAGUGGCUACCGUGACGUGCCACAGAACAACGAAAUGAGCCUAUUGAAGGCACUUGCAAAGCAGCCUAUCAGCGUUGCCAUUGAGGCCUCUACAAGAGAUUUUCAAUUUUACAGUGGGGGUGUUUUCGAUGGGGACUGUGGAACCGAUCUAGACCAUGGAGUGGCAGCCGUUGGAUAUGGGUCAAGCAAGGGCUUGGAUUACAUCAUCGUGAAGAAUUCAUGGGGUCCAAAAUGGGGCGAAAAAGGCUAUAUAAGGAUGAAAAGGAACACUGGAAAGCCAGAAGGGCUCUGUGGAAUCAACAAAAUGGCUUCGUUUCCAACUAAAAACAAGUGAAAUUAUAAGGCACUGACUUUCUAUGUCUAAUUGUUCUUCUGGUGUUUCUUCAUGUACCUAAACAGUCGUCUUGGGAUAUAUUUAAAUUUCCUGAAGGUUUCUGAUUGGAA